AUGUAUUCCUGUAACUGGGAGAGUUCCCUUGCUCUUAACCAUGGAAAUAAAGAAGUGUUCUCCUGUCGAGGUAUCCUUCUGGCUGUCCAGUGGUUUUGGGACAGGGGACACAAGGAUAUUACAGUCUUUGUGCCGUCUUGGAGGAAGGAGCAGCCACGACCAGAUGUACUUAUAACAGACCAGUACAUUCUCCGUGACCUUGAAAAGAAGAAAAUUCUGGUCUUCACUCCUUCCAGGCGGGUUGGAGGCAAGCGUGUUGUCUGCUAUGACGAUCGAUUCAUUGUGAAACUGGCACAUGAGUCUGAUGGCAUUGUGGUUUCUAAUGAUACUUAUCGGGACCUGCAGAACGAGCGUCCUGAGUGGAAGAAGUUCAUUGAGGAGCGUCUGCUGAUGUAUUCCUUUGUUAACGACAAGUUUAUGCCUCCAGAUGACCCCUUAGGGCGCCAUGGCCCCAGCCUGGAUAACUUUCUCAGAAAGAAGCCUCUGGUGCCAGAACACAAGAAGCAACAGUGCCCUUACGGGAAGAAAUGCACUUAUGGAAUUAAGUGUAAAUUCUACCACCCUGAAAGGAUCAAUCAGCCGCAGCGCUCAUUAGCUGAUGAACUCCGAGCCAAUGCAAGGUUGUCUCCUACCAGAAGUACCAGUUCCAAGGAGGAGAAAAAGGGCAAAAGAGGUUCCCAGGCAGAGCUCUUGUGCUCUGUGCCCACAGAGAGUGAUAAAAGCUCUUUGCAGAAGGUCUCUGCAGAGAGGAAAAGCUUGACCCACAAGGCAAAGCCCGGUGAUGUUCCGCUUCAGGUCAAAAGCUGUGUGUCAGGCAGUGUCCCUCCUAACAGUGGGAGCCAUAGGUCCUCUGACAGGUACCAGCAGCCUCAUAUGGACUCUCUGUCUUACAUCUCUCAGGAGCAUCUCGACUCGGGCAUUGGGUCUUUGGAGAACCAACUGUCUGACAUGUGGCCUUACAGAUCUACCAGUCACUGUGAUCAUUCCCAUCCUGAUCAGGUGGCAGUCUGCACCUGUGGUAGGCAGAGACCUGUCUACCCACAUUCUCCCAGCUUAGAGCAAAAUGUUAACGCUGGGCAAUACAGCCUGCCCAAUGAGUAUAAUUCCCCUCCACCCCAUUCUCGUGAGUACUGGUCUGAACCGUACCAGAUGCCACCUCCUCAAGUGAGGUCUACCAGCGUGCGAGAUCCCCGUUCAGUGCAGAGAGCGACGGGGCCCACGUACGGGGACUCCGGCCAGUGGGCUGUCUCUGACCAGUUUGCAGAGGAGCGGGCCAAUGUGCAUGUCAAGCUGUGUGGCAUAUUCCAUCCCCAUUUAGUUGAUGCUGUGAUGAGCCGUUUCCCUCGGCUUCUCGAUCCCCAAAGGCUGGCUGCAGAGAUACUAACGUACAAGUCUCAGCACCCAGGUAUAUGA